AUGCCUGCCUGGGAUCGAUUGGCCUAGGAGGCAGCUCCUAUUACGCUGGUGGGAUCUUUAGUUUGCUAUACCAAUCCCCAGGCCCUUUCUUUCCCGGCUGGGAACUCCAAUCCGAGCAUCCACUUCGUCGCGGAUCGGCAGGGACCGUCCCGAAGUGUAGCAGUAGGCUGAUUGAUUGCUGGAAUUUCUUCUCUGAGUUCUUGCUUCCUGUCAGGUUAACUGAGAUGUUGCUCGUUCUAGUUGCCACUUGACGGUAGAUGGUUGUCCAGAAAUCUGGAAUUUCGUGGGCAGGGGCUCGUUACCUAGCAUGUUCUGAUGUUUCACUGCCCUUGAGUGGAUAGUAUGGCAAAGAGAGUGGAGUGUGCCUAACAAGCAUGUAAAAUGACUCAGGGUGGCAUCACCUCUCUUGUGCAAUCUUCGCAUCAAGCAGUAGGCGAAAAGGCUAUUUGAGUAUGGUAUGGGAAGAAGCCUUAGGUGUAUUCAGAGAAUGGGGGAUUUGUGUAGUUAUGGCCCCUUCUUACUGAAACUCUUUGACUCGGCUCGUCCUUAUCCCUUUGCUACAGGAGAGAGGGGGGCGAAAGGGCGAACGCGAGGCAGAGAGCUUUUCCGGCGGCGAUUCCGUCGGAGCCGUUCCUCUCCGGCGGCCUGUCCGGCUCCGGAGAGGGAUGGGCCCCGGGGAAUCGACAUGAGGAUGUAAAUAGGCUAGGUAGGAUAGUAUCUAGGCCUCUGUUUUGCUCGCCGUCGGUAGGCGGCGGUGGAGCAAGGUCUCCGGGAGUGGCUGCUGUGCCGGAGCCACUUCGUCGGCGAAUAAGCUUCUUCCCCGGUGACGAUGAAGGUUAAACUUUUGUGAUAUCUUCCUCCACUUAGCUGCAUCACAAGGAGAAUGGCAAGCAAAGCAGGCAGUGAUGGCAAAGAAGCCAUAAACGAGCAAGUAAUCGCCAACACUUAUGCCAACAUGCGCACCGAAAUGAACCAGCUCUACACCAAGAUCACGGAGCUGGAGAUGGAGGUCAGCGAGCACUCCCUUGUGAUCGGUGCUAUCGAGCCGCUGGACCCCUCGAGGCGCUGCUACAGGAUGAUCGGCGGUGUCCUGGUGGAGAGGACCAUCAAGGAGGUCCUGCCCGCGGUGAAGCGCAACAAGGAGGGCCUCCAGGAGGUGAUCGCCCGCAUGCACGAGGCGCUGGAGAGGAAGAAGAAGGAGAUCACCGAGUUCGAGCUCAAGUACAAGAUCAGGAUUCGUAAGGCAGACAAUGACUCUGAGGAAGGCGGGAAGAAGGAAGGCACUGCGCAGGGGGUUCUUGUUGGUCCUGCUGGGCAGUAAAACCGAGUUAUGGAGACCUGCAUGCAGUUACUUUGGUGCCCAGAUUGCUUCUUUGCUAGAUGUGGAAUGAUAUCUCUGUGUGUUUUAGGGGUGAUAUGCUUUUGUAGAACCGACAGAUUUUGUGUAAAACCUGAUAUUAUGCUUUUAGAUGAGAACCUCAUCGGGAGCUGAAUAGUUGGCGGGCAAGUUCGUGUCAUCUAGCGCCUGUUCUUCAGGUGUUAUGUUUCUGAUGAAACGUUUCAGAUUUCACAAAACUAUUGAGUUCUGCAAGGGUGCUCCUA